AUGAGCGGAUUUCGGGGUAAAGAAAAGCGAUUGGCCUUCCAGCGGGUAAGAAAGUCGGCACUACAUUGCUGUGUGCCACUGUGUACGAAUUCGGCCCGUUAUAAUCGGGAGAUAUGUUUCCAUGCAUUUCCCAUUGAUGCUGAGGUAAAGGCUCAGUGGCUGAUCAAGGUCCGUAGGGACAAUUUCAGCCCCACAAAAAAUACCCGUGUGUGCAGUAGGCAUUUUCGACCAGGAGACUUAUUGGUCACAGCGGGAGGACUGCACAGAGUACAGAAAGGAGCUACACCUGUUCUCUUUGCAUGGAAUAACUACGAGCUACCUACACCAAGACGUAAUGUUUGGGAGCGUCGGCCGAGGGCAGAGAGCCCCACCCCGGACUUGACAGCUGAGUACGAGGUGGAAACAGUUGCGCUGCCUGAUCAUGAGUACUGUUUAAAUCCAGCGACGGCAGUGAUGGCAAAUCAGGUGGCCGACGAGAACGAAGCCUUGAAAAUGCAGGUUAGGGAGCUCCAACACCAGCUGGAAGUGUUACAACUGCGAUCUCGUUUCGGGAUACAACGCCUGGCAGGGUCGGACGAGGACAUUCGUUUCUACACCAGAUUUGCCACAUACAAGCAUUUCCUUGCCUUUUGGAAAUUGGUGGAGCCAGCAGCCAACACCAAGAUGGUGCGGAUCACCAACGCCAAGGCAUCCUCUGCCAGCAGCUCGGAC